AUGGCGGGCGACCAAGUCCACGUGCUCUCGGCGCUCGACGGCGCCAAGACGCAGUGGUACCACUUCACGGCGAUCGUGGUCGCCGGCAUGGGCUUCUUCACAGAUGCCUACGACCUCUUCUGCAUCUCCCUCGUCACCAAGCUGAUCGGCCGAGUCUACUACACCGUGCCAGGGUCGCCCCACCCUGGCAGCCUGCCACCGACCGUCGCGGCCGCCGUCAACGGCGUGGCGUUCGUCGGCACGCUCUCCGGGCAGCUCUUCUUCGGGUGGCUCGGCGACAAGGUCGGCCGGAAGAGCGUGUACGGCAUGACGCUGCUUCUGAUGAUCAUCUGCUCCGUGGCGUCCGGGCUGUCGUUCAGCCACACGCCCACGACCGUCAUGGCCACGCUCUGCUUCUUCCGGUUCUGGCUCGGCUUCGGCAUCGGCGGCGACUACCCGCUCUCCGCCACCAUCAUGUCUGAGUACGCCAACAAGCGCACGCGCGGCGCGUUCAUCGCCGCCGUGUUCGCGAUGCAGGGGUUCGGCAUCCUCGCCGGCGGCGCCGUGGCGAUCGGGGUCACCGCGCUGUUCAAGAACCGGUUUCCGGCGCCGCCGUACGCCGUGAACCCGGCGGCGUCCACCCCGGCUGAGGCCGACUACGUGUGGCGCAUCGUCCUCAUGCUCGGCGCGCUCCCCGCGGCUCUCACCUUCUACUGGCGCAUGAAGAUGCCGGAGACGGCGCGGUACACGGCCCUCAUCGCCAAGAACGCCGAGCGCGCCGCGGCUGACAUGUCCAAGGUGCUCCAGGUAGAGAUCACAAAGGAGCAGGCCGGCGAUCUGGAGGUGGCGCACAAGUCCCGCGCGUCGCCGUCGUUCGGCCUCUUCUCCGGGGAGUUCGUGAGGCGGCACGGGCUCCACCUCGUGGGCACGGCGUCGACGUGGCUCCUCCUGGACAUCGCCUACUACUCGCAGAACCUGUUCCAGAAGGACAUCUUCAGCGCGAUCGGGUGGAUCCCGGCGGCGGCGACGAUGAGCGCGCUGGACGAGCUGUACCACAUCGCGCGUGCCCAGACCCUGAUCGCGCUGUGCGGCACCGUGCCGGGGUACUGGUUCACGGUGGCCUUCAUCGACUCCGUCGGCCGGUUCAAGAUCCAGGCCAUGGGGUUCUUCAUGAUGACGGGCUUCAUGCUGGGUCUGGCAGUGCCAUACGACUACUGGACGGGGAAGGGCCACCAGGCGGGGUUCGUCGCCAUGUACGCGCUCACGUUCUUCUUCGCCAACUUCGGGCCAAACGCGACCACGUUCAUCGUGCCGGCGGAGAUCUACCCGGCGAGGCUCCGCGCGACAUGCCACGGCAUAUCGGCGGCGUCGGGGAAGGUGGGCGCCAUCAUCGGGUCCUUCGGGUUCUUGUACCUGGCCCAGAGCCCGGACCCGGCCAAGACGGCCCAUGGCUACUUGCCUGGUAUCGGCGUGCGCAACUCGCUCUUCGUGCUCGCCGGAUGCAGCUUGAUGGGGUUUAUGCUCACGUUCUUGGUCCCCGAGCCCAAGGGCAAGUCCUUGGAGGAGAUGUCACGUGAGACCGAGCCUGACAAGUGCUAG